CGGCUCCGCGGGGCGGGCGGCCGGAGCGACCUGUCGUCACGCAAGAGCUAUGGCCGCCUUGCGGGCCCUGCAGUCCAGCGUCCGCGCCCUGCUGUGCACUUGGCCCGGCUGCCCCGCGCCGCGCUCCUUCGCCUCGAGCGCAGCCUCUGAAUACAUCAUCACAGCCAAGAAGGGGAAGAACAGCAACGUGGGGUUGGUCCAGCUGAACCGCCCCAAGGCACUCAACGCGCUCUGCGAUGGCCUGAUCAUGGAGCUCAACCAGGCGCUGCAGGCCUUCGAGGAGGACCCGGCUGUGGGGGCCAUCGUCCUCACGGGCGGGGAGAAGGCAUUUGCAGCUGGAGCCGACAUCAAGGAAAUGCAGAAUCUAACGUUCCAGGGCUGCUACUCCAACAAGUUCCUGAGCCACUGGGACCUACUCUCUCGGGUCAAGAAGCCGGUCAUAGCUGCUGUCAAUGGCUACGCCCUUGGUGGUGGCUGUGAACUUGCUAUGAUGUGUGACAUCAUUUAUGCUGGAGAGAAAGCCCAGUUUGGGCAGCCAGAGAUCCUAAUAGGAACCAUCCCAGGUGCAGGGGGCACCCAGAGACUAACCCGUGCCGUCGGAAAGUCACUGGCCAUGGAGAUGGUCCUCACUGGUGACCGGAUCUCGGCCCAGGAUGCCAAGCAAGCAGGUCUUGUAAGCAAAAUUUUUCCUGUUGAGACACUGGUGGAAGAAGCCAUAAAGUGUGCAGAAAAAAUUGCCAGCAACUCUAAAAUUGUAACAGCGAUGGCCAAAGAAUCAGUGAAUGCAGCUUUUGAAAUGACAUUAACAGAGGGCAUUAAGUUGGAGAAGAAACUCUUCUAUUCAACUUUUGCUACCGAAGACCGGAAAGAAGGGAUGUCCGCGUUUGUGGAGAAGAGAAAGGCCAAGUUCAGAGACCAGUAGGAGCUGUGGCUGCCUCAGCCCCUCGAGCUGAGGAGGAGAGACACGGCCUGUCAGCUUCAGAAGCAAAUAAAUCCUUCUCUAUCAAACGCAGUGUCAGUGACACGCCAGCUUCUCUCCAGCUGUGAGGGGCCCUGGGGGCUGUGUGGGCUCUCGCCCCACCGAGCAGCAGGUGGCCUUCACCCGGCUCUCGUGAGGACCCCCAGCUUGGUCGCGGUGUCGUUUGCAGCUGGUGGACGUGGCCGCUCAGAGGGAUGGCCUCACUGCUGGGCCUUUGAAGAGACUUGCUCUUGACUAAAUGACAAACUUCAGGUCACAUUAUGCCUUUCUUUUAGUUAUCGCUAGAUUUGAAUGUUCUGUCACUUUUUUAAAACUUUUGUUUGUCAUUCUCAGUAACAACAUUCAAACAGAACAAGGUUCUUAAAAUAAGGCACCCACAUCCCACCCCGAGGGUAAGCACUGUUCACAGGUUUGUGGCUUUCAGGAUGUCUUUCUGUGCCCACGUGCGUGAACACACGCUCUGGUGUGAAAUUCCAUUUUCUUUGCACAAAAAUGGUUCUCCAUGUACACGUUUCUGCAAGGUGCACUGAUCACCUUCUGCUUCUGUCACACAAAUGCACCCUAUUUUGUGUGACUAGCAUUUUUUUUCAUUUUACCCUUUUUUUUUUUUUUUUUUUUCUUUUUUUGCGGUAUGCGGGCCUCUCACUGUUGUGGCCUCUCCCGUUGCGGAGCACAGGCUCCGGAUGCGCAGGCCCAGCGGCCAUGGCUCACGGGCCCAGCCGCUCCGCGGCAUAUGGGAUCCUCCCAGACCGGGGCACGAACCCGUAUCCCCUGCAUCGGCAGGCGGACUCUCAACCACUGCGCCACCAGGGAGGCCCCAUUUUACCCAUUUUUAAAUGCACAUUUUAGCAGCCUUCAGUGUAUUCACAGUGUUCUUCAUCUCCAGACUGUUUCAUCUCCCCAGACAGAAGCCUUACGCCUUCAACACUAGCUCCCUACUCCAGCCCCCGGCCCUGGGGACCUCUGUUCCACUUUCUUUCUGUCACUGGAUUUAAUAUACUAUUUCCAAGGUCCA